AAAUUGCUCGUUCUUAUCAGUAGUUACAGUAGGUCGUAUUUUCCGUCUUGUUCGUUCAGAAAUAAAAGAAGAUUCUCGUUACUACAAAGUUAGUUCCGCUUUUAAAGAAAGGAAAACUGAAUUUGCCGUAUAAAGCUACAUUACGUACUGUAGGUGCAUUAACCUUAUUUUUUCAUUAGAAAUGCUAGUUCGAUAUAUAAGAAAUACAAGAAAAGAUUUCGAGCGGUGAGAGCUGCUUCGUCAAGCAAGUGAAAGGUUGUUAUUUCGACAAAUUAGGUAUAUAAAAACGUUCAUAUACCUUUAAGAAUUUGCUGUAAUUUGAUAUAGUAUAGGCAGAAGAAGCGCCUUUCCCUGCAGCCACAAACCAGCAUCAGCCAAGAAGCGCAUCUCUUAAAAAAUACACGUUUUACACAGUAUGUACAGAAAUAGAGUUCGCAAACGCUCUUAAUUAAUCGAAAUAUAAUCAAGAGAACAAUCGUAGUAGAAGAGAUAAUAACAAUAAAAUGAGAUUAUGAUGACGAACCGUUUUUGUUGAUAUGGCUGGGAUAGAUUUUUGCCCAUGCUUUUUGAGGUUGUGGAGCUCGACAGUCGAUAAGAGAAAAAUGCUGAGUGAAAAGACUGUAAUUUUUUCCAAAUGAAAGGAGAAACGGAGGGGCUGUUAUGGAUCCCUUCAAUCAGCUGAUUCUUGCCAUUUCAGUGGCCAGUUUCAUCACCUUUCAGCUGUUGUUUCACUAUGUCAGCUCCUGGGUGUCCAUCCGCAUCAGCCCUGGAUUUCAAAAGCUGAAUGAAAAGCAGAAGAUUGAAUGGAACUCCAGGACAGUGUCGACGCUACACGCACUGGUGGUUGGGAUCUUCUGUGUCUAUAUACUAUUCUUUGAUGAUGCUGUCAAUGAAGAUCCUGUCUGGGGAGAUCCUACACUGGUGAAACUAAAUGUUGGCAUAACCACUGGCUACCUCAUAUCAGAUUUGCUGCUCAUAUUUUACUAUUGGAAGGCUAUAGGGGACAAGUUUUUUGUAGUUCAUCACAUGGCAGCGUUGUAUGCUUACUACUAUGUACUGGGCCAAGGAUUGUUGCCUUAUUUUGCUAACUUCCGUCUGCUUGCAGAGUUUUCCACUCCCUGUGUGAAUCAGCGCUGGUUCUUUGAAAUAUUAGGUUAUCCCAAAUCUUCCAGUCCCAACAUAGCCAAUGGAAUCAUGAUGGCAGUAAUAUUUUUCCUGGUGAGGAUUGCUGUCAUGCCAGUCUACUAUGGAAGAAUGUACUCCAUCUAUGGAACAGAAGCCUUCUACAGGCUGUCAUUCGGAGGACGAAGUGCUUGGAUUUGCUCCAGCAUCUGUCUCGAUGUUAUGAAUGUGAUGUGGAUGCACAAGAUUGCCCGUGGAUGUUACAAGGUUCUACGUUCCAGUAGGAAGCUCAAGGUGGAAAUACAGGAAAAUGGAAAGAUUGACUAACCUAAAAGAAGCAAUGUGAUUGUGCACAGCAAGCACAUCUUUAGACUUAUGGAAGAACAACACUUCUCUGUGCUGGACAACAUGGGCUUGUCCUUUUCUGCAAACUCAACUUUUGGAUUACUGAUUGUGAAUAUCAGGUCAAUUUAGUCAUUUCCUAGACGUUACAUAAUUCACUAUGGCGAGAAAAAAACUUUCCUUGAUGCGCCAUGCAUCCUUGAAAAUGUUUGGAUACAAGGGAAAUGGCAGAGACUUACCGGUAGCAAUACGUUAUCUGUCACAAUUUAAUUUGAGGUUGGAAAAGAUUAAUUAUAUUUCAUCAAACUGAGGGAGGCCUCAAGUUUUGACUAGGGAUAAAUUACAACAUUAUACACCAGAUGCAAAAAAUGUUAUAUUCAGACCGUUUAUUUAAAAAAAGGGAGGACAGUGGUAAUUUUCAUCAAAAGCUCGUUCUGAAGGGUGCGUCACGGGCAAACCUGAGCUUCAGCCAAAUACAUAAAAAGUAGUAUCCCGUGUCUUUUGAGGGUUGUUUUAUUCUGCACUGAACUUUAAAUAGGAUGAACACUGGACAGCGAAGAUGUGAUGGAUCUAUGAAACUUAAAUGUUUCCACAGCCGUUUAUACAAAACAAGUUAUACUCAAUGUGUAGAACACAGCCUAUCCAGUGCACUUCAAGAACAUUGUCCGUGCAUCACUAAAAGACAAUGCCAGACAACACAAUCAAUUUGUGUAGUGCAAUAAGAUAAGAUACACAAAGGACAUGUCUUUGGUAAUACAUUGCUCUAGAGACACUGUGACCAAGAGCAUGAAUUUGUAUAAGGGGAAAAAAAUGAAAUGCUCUGACUUGCAGAUGCACUAUGCCAGGUAUGUUUAAGAGAAAAUAGUGUUUAUCAGAAUUUGUGGUCCAGAAACAACAAUUAAUCAUUUUUCCAGAUCUGAACUUUAAGUUAUAUACGGUAUUUAUUGUUGUUUCUUUUGUUUAUUGUACCAUAAAAGAGGAUACAAGUGCACUUAUGCCUGGCACACAGCUGCUUUAGAAGUUACAGACCAUAAUCCGUUAAAAGCCGAGAAGACUGUAUAACAUUUGCUUGCAUUUGCAUCCUAGAUAUUUAAAUAUAUGCAUUCAGAAAGCUGGCUGUUGGAAUGUUUGAAAAAUAAGAGCACUUAGUGGGGAUGAAACAGCUACUAAUGGAAUAUUCAUUGAAAAAUAAUACAACAUUCUUGUAAAAGUUGUGUACAUAGACCAUCAGCGCUGAUAUGGUGAAUGCUGAAAGCGGUGUUUUAACUAUGCUUCGUUCAUAAUAUUAACAGUUUCCAUACUUGUGCAGAGAGAGGCAUGCUGCAAUUUACUUUUCAUUUGCAUAUUAAAUGGAUAGAAUUUCACUGCGAUUUCAAAACGCUUAUUUAAAGCAUUGUUAAAUACCAUCAUCCCAAUGAUGUGUUUUCUAACAAAAUUGAAGAUUGCGAAGACAAAAAUGAAGGUAACAAUUUUAAAAUGAUUUAAAAAAAAUUCCCUGCCAGUCAAAACAAAUGCACGCACAGGACCUUGGACAAAGUAGUGUAUGCAGGGUCCUUUGUAUCAGAUACCUCAUUUAUAAUAAAUCUUAUAAAUCUUGACUUGCAAAGUAUGCUGAAUUGGUAUGUCUGUGCUUAUAUACAAGAAAUAUUUAGUCAUAUGCAAGGUAUGACUUUGAUGUGGUGUUUUGUGAUGUACGUAGAUUAAACCACAAGGCAAGAGCUCACAAUUUUUAAUGCAAGUCCUGUUUUGCCUUUACUGUUUUGCUCUUAAAAUUACAUUAAUUGUACACAAAGUCAAAUAUGGCAGUCGUUUUUUUAGUGUUUAUAAAUCUUUGAUGCAGGAUGGUGGGUUCCACAUGGUUUUAAACAUUUAGGCAUGUACAUGUACAGGUACAUGUUAAACUUACGUUUAAAGCCAGCAGUUGGUUGCGGUGUCUAUUAAAAUCUUCAUCAAAAGAUUUUUCUCAUACAAUUUCGAAACACUUUGUAUUCAUUAUGUUUCCAAUGGGCAAAAAAGAUGCAACACAAAGGAAAUGGGAUAUUUGAGCACAGGUGCUGCAAAACAGCCUUAAACAAUUCUGUAAAGAUAAUUUAUGUCGCUUGCCUUUUUUUUCUGGAAUCAAUAUUUUUCUCACGCAUUACUGUCCUCUGUUUUUACCUUAUUAUGUUUAUUCUAAACAAAAAUACUGAAAGAGGAUUUCGUAAAUCUCGUUUCUGCCUCACAAAUGGAAAGCAACACGUUUUAUUGUGGGGUAAAAAGCAUUCCAGCACUGCUGCUAUACCAAUCUAGUGUUGUAGAGUGUACCUUCAAUUAAUUACAAUAGUGCAUUGAUUUGUCUUUUAGGGAAUGGUUUUUAUUGGUGGCUUCCUUUGCUGUUUAUGCAUGAUUGCUCCUUAGAAUUACAGUUCUUAUUUGAACUUUCUUCCAUCUAAUUAAGUAUAUCCUUAAAUUUUCAUGUUUGUGCCUAAGUCAAGUCAGAUCCGCAUCUACAAUAUUUACUGUCAUAACACGUAAGAUUUUUUUUUUCCAAAGACAAUCCUUUAGGAUUACUUUUUCUUAAAGUUUUAAGGAUUUUAAAGUUCUUGCUUCAUGUUUAAGGAGAAAAGGGAAAAGAUGGGUGAAAUUUCAAUGGGUUGGUGGUUGUAACGGUGUUUUAUUGAUACCUGGGGAUCAGGGGAUGAGACUGUGGACCUUUAAGGACAGAGUGUGAUUGAUUAAAAACAUGUUUUGUUUGUAUGUUUACUAUGUUAACAUUUGUUGUCAAAGAACAGCAGAUGCCUCAUUUUGAUUACUAUUUUGGUAGAGAAACGAAAGAACAAAGUGCAGUAUGACUUUGUGUGCAAUAGCCAGAGUUCUAAAAAUGCACACACCUUUGUUUACCCUUUUGUCAUAGUCUUGCUUAAGCCAUAUUUUUUACAUUAUAUUACAUCUCCAUUCUGAGCAGAGAUGUACAUGCUGCUUUAACUGCAAGGACCAUUGACCAUAAAGCUAUUCAAAUACAGAGAAUCAUCCCCAGUAAUGAUACUACAGAUUAUUGCUCUGUAGGAUAAUUUUGGAAGAUAAAUUGAAAGAAAGUCUCAGGCUUCUAUUUCCAGCUUUAUUGCUUUGUACAAAAAAUAGCAUAAUUAAUUAUUUGGGUGGGACAAGAUAGCUAGUUCUUUACAUUGUAAUUACAUACAAUUUGGAACACAAACAUGUAAGUAAGCAAAUACUUUUUCAAUUUAUUAUGGUCUUUUGGUGGAUUGAAAACUUGUUCCAAGGGGUGUAGAAACAUUAGGUGAGAAUGCCAAAUUAUUUUUUUUAAAGAGGAUGGUACAAUGCUUGAUUUGGGGCUGGUGUUCAACUGUAAAACCUGAGAUCAGUAUGGUACAGAAAUAUUUAGAAAUAGCCAUAAAUAUUUUUUGUUGUUCCCAAUGAAUGUAUUCAUGGUGUCAAAAACUUUGGAUAUGUACUUCACGCUUACCUGUUGUCAUUUUUUAUCUAUUAAUUUCCUUUGUGAUCAUUUUUUUUCCUUUGUCAUACUUUUCAGGUUUUAAUUCAAGAGAUUUAAAUGAAUUACAUGUUUUUAUGUCUUAAAAUUGAAAAUUGAUAUUUUAUCUUCACAGUUGAAAGCUGUAGUUGUACAAUUAUAAGCAAGGUUGUUUUUAUUGAGUUGUAGUGAUGAAGGUUACCGUUUUGAGAAACAUUCAUUUAUUUUUUUGUCGACGGUAUGUAAGUACUGUACUUUGAAAAUCUAAAUUCAAUCUCCUUGCCACA